AUGACUGCGACUCUGAACGGGACGUUCAACUCGGCCCCUGACACACCUUCCUCCAUUUAUCCCGAUCGUCUGAUUCGUCCUCUCCCGAAACGGACCUUGCGCUCCCGCUUGUCUACCGACGCUGCCGAUACCAUCCUCUACCCUCCGACUCCUCCAGCAUCACAGAUCUUUUACGGUGUGUCCGGAGACUCAGAAGAGGCGGUGAAUGACUCCAAAGUCUACGUGCAGCAGACCAUCGAGUCGGACCGCCACGAGCUAACCCCCGAGGCUGAUUCGCACGGAUUUGAGACCACGGCCGAGCUGGAAAGCGGAGAUGAAGACGCGCCAGUAGUGGUACGUCGCAGCGCAGGAUUCCGAGGUUCUCUCUCGCCAGUUACCACACAUCCAUCUGGGAAAGACGGAGUCUCAAAAUCCUCGACCGGCCCUGACGGUUAUGACGCAUUUGAAAACACAAAUAACAAAAAGAAACGAAAAAUACCCACCCCUGGCAAUAUGCCCGGUCACCAUUCGGCUUUAUCCCCGGAGUUUGCCAACAUGGGGUUAGCCAACUCCAACCCCGCUCCCACAGUGGCUGGGGAUGGGAUGGGUCCCGGCACAUACUAUGGAAAUGGAAACCCAGCCUCUCCAUUGGCCAGUGGGAUCUCUGGUUCUGGCAGAGGCCGUCUUGGUCGCAGUUCUCCUCGUAACAGCAGCGGACGCAACCCGUUGUCCGCAAAUGCUCAGAAUGCAUGGAUGAACACUCGGACCCCGAGUCGACGGGACGGGCUGAUGUCAUCUCCUGGACCAGAAUCGCCCGAUCAAGGAAUUAUUUCCACGGCCAUCGCAAAUGCCGCUACCCUCUCCUCACCUACCCAAGGCCCUAGCAAUGUUAGCUUGCUGGAGCAGGAGAAUACCACCCCAACCAAGACCCAAUUCACCUUCACAUGCGAGUCUGAUUCCUCUAAAGGCAUGGCCAUGCAGCGAGGCUACUCGGUGCCCCAUCGGUCGCCCACUUCCCCUCUUGCUAUUACCACCGGCAAUCCUCGAGGGUUCUCUACGCAAGGUACACAGACAAGUCCGAAUAUGAGCCAACAAAUACCGCCGGGGGCGCACGCGCCCGUGUCAGAUCAAAGUCCUGUCACUCGCAAAAAGAAGCGAUCCCCUAGCAGCGUUUACGGCUUAGCUGCCCGCCAGCGGAAAAUUCAGCAACAAUACACCAACAUUCACCAUCCUCCGAGCUUGGAAGACAUUUGGAUUUGCGAGUUUUGUGAAUAUGAGAGCAUUUUUGGCCGCCCUCCUGAGGCAUUGAUCCGGCAAUAUGAGAUCAAAGACCGAAAAGAACGAAAGAGGCUCGCUGAAAAGAAGCGUCUUUUGGAGAAGGCCAAGAUGAAGGGCAGGAAGACAAAGAAGGCGGCAAAGAAUGCGUCAAAGAAUGCCUCGGGCCACCAGAGCUACGACCGCGCCUCGGUCGAUCACUCUUCUGCGGCUGGAUCGGGGCUUCAUGAUGACGAUUAUUUGGGCCAUGAGUAUGAAGAAGAACCAGAACUCCCGACACCUAAUCCUGAAUCACCCGCCGAACUGAAACCUCCUUUGCCACCCGGCAAUCACCCGAAAUUAGCAGCCACUGCGGGGACCGCCAAGGGUUCUGCAGACGCAGGAUCCAUCCGACCACCCUGA